AUGUCUGGGGAAUGUGUCACCAAUCCCGGCUUGGAGGGACCGGGAAUGACCUGUUUUCACAGAGAGUUUGGACGCGAUGCAAAAGACACUGGCCGCAUGAGGCAGCCUGAGUUCUGCUCCUGGGCCUUUGGCUUACCACGUGGGGAGCCGCUCGCGCAGGUUUGGGAGAAGAUGCCGGACCGUGUGGACGUUCUCAUGACCCACGGCCCAGCUCACUGUGCCCAGACAAAGACCGAGACCGAGACCAGGGCGGCGGAGAUUGCGAGGGGGUUUAGCGACUAG